UCCACACCACACUGAUCUCUUUUCAUUUCGCCAAUCACAUUUUCUCCGACCUCCAAAACGAUGCCGUACUACUCGCACGACGACGAAGUCCACGACUUCGACGAGUAUGAUCCGACCCCCUACGGCGGCGGAUACGACCUGUUUCUCACCUACGGCCGCCCCCUCGAGCCUUCGGAGGAGACCUGCUACCCCAGCUCCUCCGAUCAGGACGACUACGAACGCCCCGAUCUCUCCUCCUACAGCGAGCCCUCCGCCUACGCCGACGAGGCCCUCAAUAACGAGUACAGCAGCUACCAGCGUAGCAAGCCCCGACCCGGAUUUGGUGGACGACCCGAUCAUGAGGAGGCUGCGGAAGGUGGAGGAGAGUAUGGAUCCAGGCCCAGUAGGCCUCAGUAUGGAUCCGAGGAGCCCGGAUCGGGGUAUGGAUCCGGUUACGGGCGGAAACCCGAGUCCGAUGAGCCCAGUUCCGAGUACGGGUCGGGUUACGGGCGGAAGCCGGAGUACAAAGCGCCUGAAUCGGAGUAUGGAUCGGGUUACGGACGCAAACCCGAGUACGAGGUGCAGGAAUCGGAGUAUGGCAGGAAACCCGAUUACGAAGCGCCGGUCGGGUCGGGUUAUGGCCGGAAGCCAAGUUAUGGUGAGGAUGAGAGUGGUGGAUACGGCGAUGAGCCGCCGAGGCGGAAGCCGAGCUAUGGAGAGGAGAAACCCGAGUUUGAGGGUUCGGGUUAUGGGGAUGAACCGCCGAGGAGACCUGGGUUUGGAAGGCCUGGUGGUUAUGGUGGGGAGGAGAGUGAAGAGAGGCCCAGUUAUGGGAGGACUGAGUUUCAGGAGCCUGGUUAUGGUGAUGAGCCGCCGAGGAAGCCCAGCUAUGGUGGUAGGACUAGUUAUGAGACCCCGGAAACUGACGAGUAUGGGAAGCCCAGCUAUGGCAGGCCAAGCUAUGAGACCCCGGAGACUGAGGAGUAUGGGAAGCCCAGCUAUGGCAGGCCAAGCUAUGAGACCCCGGAAACUGAGGAGUAUGGGAAGCCCAGCUAUGGCAGGCCAAGCUAUGAGACCCCGGAGACUGAGGAGUAUGGGAAGCCCAGUUAUGGGCGGUCUGAGGAGCAGGAGUACCGCAAGCCGAAGCCUAGCUAUGGGAGGGGUAGUGAUGAUGAGGAUUCUGAGCGUCGUCAGAGGCGUGGUAGUGAUGAUGAGGAUUCUCAGCCUCGUCGGGGAUAUGGUGAAGAGGGCUAUGGCCGCAAGAAAUAUGGAAAUGAUGACUCAGAUGAUGAUGAGGAGAAAAAGCAGCGUCGCCACCACCACCAUCGCAAGAGCUACGAUGAUGAAUGAUCAGAAUACCAAUCAGCUUGUUGAUGGGAUUCAUGCCAUAUUGAGCUCCUAAAUAAAGGGUUGAUGCAUGUUUGGAUUAUAUUACAAGUUUGCAUUCCUUUAGUGGCUUUAUAUUACAUGUUUGGAUUCCUUUGAGGCUUUUUGUUACAUGUGUGAGUUUCUAAAUUCUAAAGGCAUUUGCCUGUUAAAACUCUUAAGUAUGUGUGUGUUGUUUUGAAAUAAAAAUCCAGACUUCUGGAUUAGAGUGCUUUCUUA